CCAUGCCCCUGGAGACCACCCAGGCGCAGGACGAGGAGGCGUACAGCUUGGUGGCCAGCCUGGACAACGUCCGCAACCUGUCCACCAUCCUCAGGGCCAUCCACUUCCGAGACCACGCCACGUGCUUCGCCACCCAGAACGGCAUCAAGGUGACGGUGGAAAACGCCAAGUGCGUGCAAGCCAACGCUUUCAUUCAGGCUGGGGUAUUUCAAGAGUUUUCAGUUCAGGAAGAAUCUGUUACUUUUCGAAUUAAUUUAACUGUCCUUUUAGACUGUUUAUCUAUUUUUGGAUCAAGUCCUACGCCAGGGACUUUAACUGCACUCCGCUUGUGCUACCAAGGUUAUGGUUACCCAUUGAUGUUAUUUUUGGAAGAAGGAGGAGUGGUGACUGUCUGUAAAAUCAAUACUCAGGAGCCUGAGGAAACUCUGGAUUUUGACUUUUGCAGCACCAAUGUUAUUAAUAAAAUUAUUCUGCAGUCCGAGGGACUCCGUGAAGCAUUUUCUGAACUGGAUAUGACAAGUGAGGUCCUCCAGAUCACUAUGUCUCCUGACAAACCUUACUUCAGGUUAUCCACUUUCGGAAAUGCUGGGAACUCUCACCUUGACUAUCCCAAAGAUUCUGAUUUGAUAGAAUCAUUCCAGUGUAGUCAGACUCAGGUCAACAGAUACAAGAUUUCUUUACUGAAACCCUCCACAAAGGCCUUAGUUCUAUCUUGUAAAGUGUCUAUUCGGACAGAUAACCGAGGAUUCCUCUCAUUGCAAUAUAUGAUUAGAAAUGAAGAUGGACAAAUAUGUUUUGUGGAAUAUUACUGCUGCCCGGAUGAAGAAGUCCCUGAAUCUGAGUCUUAAGUAUAAUGGACAGCCCACUAUGCUAUUUAUGCAGGUGUUCAUGACAGGUCAUGUUCUCAUUCUGGGUAGAUGAGUCUCACUGGGUUUUCUCAAGGGAAGAAGCAGGGAGGGGUUAGGCACACUUGUUGGAUCCCUGGCACUAAUAGUUGGGAUGUAUUUUGUAAGUAACUUUGAUAUUACUAGAUUAUCCAGCACCUGGACUAUCCUGUAGUUCUCUUUUGAACAUAUGGAAUUAUUUAUGAACCAUCAUGAAUAAAUUAUACCUUCACUUCUACUUAUGUAGGACAUGUUCAAGUGUCUAGCAAUGUAGGUUAGUGAAGCCAUUUCUAAAAUGUUCUUUAUUUAGGAAUUAGGGAAUGCAAAGGCAUAGAAAUAUUGAUAACUAGCUUUAAUACUUGAGAAAGUGUCUAAAAAUGGUGGUUCUCAGAGUUUGCCUAGACCACCAGCAUCAGCAUCACCUUGAAACUUGUCAGAAAUUCUGGAGGCUGGCCCCACUCUGCUCCUGCUUGUGAAAUAGAGGUGCAUGCUUACAUUUAAGGGACACUUUUUUUAAAAAAAAAAAAAAGUAUUUCAUUGCACUGAAGUGAUUGCUCUUACCUGCAAUUUCUUCACAAAUUUUUUGUUUUAUACACUGUCAGACAAGUUUGAAUCAUUAUAUGAUUUAUUAUUUAAAUUAACAUUGAAGAAAUCUAUGAACAGGAUAUAAAUGUCUUCAUUUACUAACUUCUGGUUUUCAAAACUCUUCAGUGUAAUCAGUAUUUACCAGAUGUCUUCUAUUUGAUUUUGAGUUUUUUAGCCAAACCAAGUUGUAGAAAACCAUUUAUUAAGUAAUUUUGCACUUAUUUGGGUAAUUUUCAAUGAAAUAAUUUUUGGACUGUAGCUAUCUAAUAAAAUGCGUUUAAAAGUAUGUGAUGUGUUCUUUAGAAGGAAAACUAUGUAACUGAAAUAAAAUUUUGAAACCAUC